AACAAGUCUCUCAGUCAAGCUGCGGCUUUUGAUUCGAAAUGGAGCUCUUUAUUCGCUUGUAUUUAACUUUAGUUGGCCUUUUCGUAUUUCAAUGUCACGCAGAUGAACAACCCGUGGUGAACAUACCAUUCUUGGGUAGUCUACGUGGAUCUGUGAUGGUAUCGGCAUCAGGCAGGAAGUUUAACGCCUUUAGAGGCAUUCCCUAUGCGCAACCACCUGUUGGAGAUUUACGUUUUAACGAUCCAAUCCCGGCGAAACCGUGGACAGGAACUUUGCUGGAUGCCACCAAGGAAGGUCCAACUUGUUUACAAUUCGACCUCGUGACGAAAGUCACGGCAGGUCAAGAAGACUGCCUUGUACUCAAUGUGUACACCACAAACGUGGAUGCCAGCGAGAAUCCUCUGCCGGUCAUGGUGUGGAUUCAUGGCGGAGGCUUUACCACUGGCAGUGGCAAUUCUGACACGGAUUUGUACGGUCCCGGCUACAUCCUUGAUCGAGAUGUCGUCUUGGUCACUCUUAACUAUCGUUUAGGAUCUUUUGGUUUUCUGAGCACGGAAGAUAAAGAGGCCCCAGGAAAUUAUGGACUCCUUGAUCAGUCAUUAGCUCUCAAAUGGGUUCGAGAUCACGUCCACCAUUUCGGAGGCAACACGAACUCGAUUACCAUUUUCGGGGAAAGUGCCGGCGGUGCCAGCGUGGAAUACCAAGUCCUCUCACCCUACUCUAAAGGACUGUUCCACCGCGCCAUUGCCCAGUCUGGGUCGACCAGGUGCCCUUGGGCGCAUACGAAAAGCAUAGGCGCAUACACGCGCAUUCUGGCCGAAGACGUCAACUGCCCGACGACCAAUUCCAAAGAAUUGCUCAAGUGCCUGAGGAGCAAGGACGUGAAAGAGUUCCUGGACUCUAAAAAGAAGAUGGGCAUGAUAGCGGGUUUGGGAUUACUUCCGAUCGCGUUUGUACCACGCGUCGACGCUGAACGAGAAUUCCCGUUUCUCCCCGACACUCCAGAAAGACUUGUAGCCAAUAAGCAAUUCAAUCAAGUGCCGUUUAUCGGCGGAUUAACUGAAAACGAAGGCGGCCUUUUUGCUGCAAGUUUGGCAACGCUGGACGGCGAAGGCAUGAAUGAGUUCAAAACAGAUCCCGUCAAAAAUGUGCUUCACAUUUUAGCCAUGGAGAAUCGAAAGGGUGGCCCUCAAAUAGCCCAAAAGGUUUACGAUUAUUAUUUUUCUAGUGCCAAAACGGACGAGGAUAUCAUUUCGCAAUACGGAGAGCUUUCGUCGGACAUUGGAUUCUUUAAAUGCGUCGAUGAUUCUGUUAAAGCGCUGGCCCAGCACAAUGCGUAUCCCGUCUUCUAUUAUCAGUACGCUCAUCGGGGCCAGCUGUCCCUCGUUGAAAUCUUGGACAUACCCAAAGAUUCUGAUUUCGGUGUGGCUCAUGCCGAUGAAAUUCUGUUGAUGUUUCCCAAUUACUUGAUGCCUCGCCUCAGCCAUCCCAACGACCUCAAAGUGUCUAAAAUGUUGUUGGAUUUAUGGACGUCAUUUGCUGCUGAUGGGAUACCGCAAAGUGAUGACGUUGUUGACAAAUGGCUUCCCACUACGCGCGAGCAGGUCCGUUACCUUCGCAUCGAGGCCAACAAUCCCAAACUCAUCAACAAUUCAAUGCCGUUUCAAUCGAAACUGGACUUUUGGAAAAAUCUACUCACCACUGGAAAAGAUGAGCUCUAGAAUGUCUUUUGACAAGACUUUGUGAUCAUUUAGUUUGAAAAAAAAAUUUACUAAUCAGAUGAUUGUCAAAAGGAAAACAAUUCAUUUUAGAUGGGGCCCAAAAUUAUUCCGCGUCGUCUCUCAAGUUUAUGACCCGCAUAAUUUUUUGUUUUCUUUAGCUUAAGCAACACGUUAUUGAAAUGCAGUCUGUUUAUCAAUGUGCUGUAAGCGCAACUGAAACAUUAUUUUGAAGCGGUGAUGUAAUGAAUUGCUUGGGGACCUAUA